GAGAGUGGGGGGGCAGAGGGAUGGACAGACAUUGGACAGGGGACACCCCAUCCUGGUGAGAACGUCGCCUUCACAGAGAGAUUUAUCGGUAAAGCUAAAGAAAUAUUUUGGAUCCAAUACGAAGUCUGGCGGAGGAGAGUGUCAUGUGACCCGAGUGGAUGGACAGACGUACUGCGCCGUCUUCCAGAAUCAGGAUGAUCAGAGAAGAGUUCUGGGAAGAAGGAAUCAUAUCAUAGAACUCACCAUGCCUGUGAAAGUUCAGGAUAUUGGAAGUAAAGACCUUCCCGGGAUCCGGCAGUUGCCCCGAAAUGAAGCGACCCUGAAGAUGCAGCGAUUGGCUAUCAGAAGUUCCCCAAGUGAUGUCAUGGGGGCGGAGAUAAGAGUAGACACCACACACAUGGAUAUCCUGAGGAAAUUAAAGCUCCGGCAGAUCUCUGACAUCGAGAAGAAGUACAAUGUGAAGAUGGAAGAACGGAAACUUAAUGGCAGCCGGAAUCCAGGAAGAGGUCAGACGGGAGCUUCCUCAGGGGAUCCAUUGAACACCAGCAGGUCCUCCGCCAAUACACAGAAAGAAGAACCAGACUUGUGUCCUAUCUGCCUGUGUGAGCCAGAAGAGAAGGUGAUAUUGGAGAAGUGUAAGCAUGCGUACUGUAGGGAAUGUCUUAAACGAGCCACGGCCUAUAAACCUGUGUGUGCGAUAUGUGGAGUCUCUUAUGGGACAGUCACAGGAGACCAGCCUGAUGGGACUAUGAAUGAGACAAGACACAGAAUCUCCUUACCGGGGUAUCCUGGGUGUGGAACCAUCGAGAUCACCUAUCACAUCCCCGGGGGCACCCAGAAGGAGAACCAUCCUCGUCCCGGAAGAUCUUUCUCAGGUACCAGACGUCGGGCCUAUUUACCGGAUAACAAGGAGGGGAGAGACAUCCUUCUUCUGCUGAAAAGAGCCUUUGAUCAGCGACUGAUCUUCACUGUGGGAGAAUCUCGUACAACCGGCGCCACCGACACCGUCACCUGGAAUGAUGUCCACCAUAAAACCAGUACCCACGGGGGCCCCCAGAGUUUCGGUUACCCGGAUCCGGAUUAUCUGAGCCGUGUGCGGGAUGAGCUGAGAGCGAAGGGAAUCCAGUGAAUAUUCCGGAAUCGGAUCUCCCCUCCUCCUCUAAUGAUCGGAGAUUGGUGGGCGGAGUCAGGAGUGCUGAGAUGAUCGCGUCUUCCAAUCACUUCCUGUUCUGUAUUUGGACACAUAAUAUCAUCCUUAUCAUUUAUAAUCCAUUAAUAAUGAUAGGUGGGGGAGGGGGGGAGGGGGCGGAUCUUCAUCGGGGGAUCCUCUGAUAAUCUUGUCCUAUAAAUGACGGCGAUCGCUCUGAUAUUAGAAAUGUAAUAAAUCCGCCGUCUAUAAGCCUCUGCUAAGAAGAAAUAAUAGUAAAAUAUUUUCUGCAUUUUUUAUGUAUCCAGGGGAUUUUACCCCCCUUCAUGACCAGGCCAUUUUUGGCUACUCAGCACUGCG